AUGGGUGAAUCUGCUGUUCUGGUUCAUUCGUAUUCGUUCGCAGCUCCUAUUACCCGUAACGAUUCUCAUGAGGAUAACGCGAUCCAUGCGCUUAGCCAAUCGAUAUCAUUUGGGAAGUUCAUGACAGAGAAUCUGGAAUGGGGGAAAUGGUCAAGCUUUUCACACAAGAAGUACGUUGAGGAAGCAGAGAAGUACUCUCGUCCUGGAUCCGUUGCGCAGAAGAAAGCUUUCUUCGAAGCUCACUACAAGAGAAUAGCCGAAGCCAAGAAAGCCGCAACGCAAGAACAGCCGACCGUGACGCCUGCCGAAGUCUUGCUUCACGCUUUGGAAACUCAGCCUCCUCUGAAUAUUGUACAAGACGAAGAAACCGGAAGGAAAAGUAUUCGGCUUGAUGAUGCUGUCCUUGUUUCGGAUAACAAACCCCUUGUUGUGGAUGAUGAUGUAUCAUUGGUUGAUGAAUUGGAAGAAAAAGAGGAUUCACAGAAGGAAAAUGGUUUGAUUGGUGUUGAUGAUGACAAGGAGGAGGAGAAGCAAGAAGAGGAAGAGGAAUUGCCUGUUGGUGAAAAGGAGGAGAAAAAGAGGAGAUCGAUAACCAAGAACAAACCGGUGUUUAGAUUGUCUCUUGAGAAAACAAUCCCUCCAAAACCUGUAGAGGAGAUUGCUUUGCCUGAGAAAAGAAGCGAAAGACCAAUGACUCAGAGUUUAGAGAAGAAUGAAGCUAAACCGGUUCACCGCCAGAGAUUUAGUUUCUUGAGCUGUUUCAAGGGUAAUUCUAAAACUCAAGAUCAGAGUCAGAGCAGGAAAAAGAGAAAGACCGAGAAGAAGCAGUUUUUGUGUUCUUGUUUGAAGCCAAAGACUGUAAGAGAAUGA